AUGACAGCCAGUUUAACUACCAAGUUCUUAAACAACACCUAUGAGAACCCAUUUAUGAAUGCAUCUGGUGUUCAUUGUAUGACCACAGAGGAAUUAGAUGAAUUAGCAGACUCUAAAGCGGGUGCGUUCAUUACAAAGAGUGCCACGACUUUAGAGAGAGAAGGUAACCCUAAACCACGUUAUAUUUCUGUCCCUCUAGGCAGCAUCAACUCUAUGGGUUUACCAAAUGAAGGUAUUGACUACUAUUUGUCCUACGUACUAAAUCGUCAGAAGAAGUAUCCUGACGCACCUGCUAUUUUCUUUUCUGUUGCUGGUAUGAGCAUUGAUGAAAACUUGAACUUGUUAAAAAAAAUUCAAGAUAGUGAGUUUAACGGUAUUACAGAGCUAAACUUGUCCUGUCCAAACGUUCCUGGUAAACCACAAGUUGCUUAUGAUUUUGAAUUGACAAAGGAAACAUUGGAAAAGGUCUUUGUGUUUUUCAAGAAGCCCCUUGGCAUUAAGUUACCUCCUUAUUUUGAUUUUGCCCAUUUUGAUAUUAUAGCGAAAAUAUUGAAUGAGUUCCCCUUGGCUUAUGUCAACUCUAUCAAUAGUAUAGGUAAUGGUCUUUUCAUUGAUGUGGAGAAGGAAAGUGUAGUAGUAAAGCCAAAGAACGGUUUCGGAGGUAUUGGAGGAGAAUAUGUCAAACCAACCGCGCUCGCUAAUGUUCGUGCAUUUUAUACUCGUUUGAGACCUGAUAUUAAAGUUAUCGGUACCGGUGGUAUCAAGUCUGGUAAGGAUGCAUUUGAGCAUCUUCUGUGUGGUGCUUCUAUGCUACAAAUUGGUACAGAAUUGCAAAAAGAAGGCGUCAAGAUUUUUGAACGUAUUGAAAAAGAACUGAAAGACAUAAUGGAAGCUAAGGGUUACACAUCCAUAGACCAAUUCCGUGGGAAGUUGAACAGUCUUUAA